CUCCUCUGCCCACCGUGUUGUUUGAAGCUUUUUAGUUGGAAGCAGAGAUUCUCCACGACAGUACGGAGUCCACUAAAAGAAGUACCCAGCCUCUAAGCACGCCGCGAAGGGUUAGCAGUAAAGACUUUUCGAAGUUGACUGGGGGAAAACGCUGAAAGAUGUGGGCUCGGUUACUGGUUCGGAGCGGGGUGGUGGGGUCGGUGGUGCGGGUUCCGAGCGAGUGUGCGCGGGUCGCUGGAGCUGCAGGGGGGCUGCAGCCCCAUCACAGGCAUGCUUCAACAUCAGAGGCGCCCUUGAAGCAGACGGUGCUGUACGACUUCCACCGGUCCCAGGGAGGUAAGAUGGUGGGCUUCGCCGGCUGGAGCAUGCCUGUUCAGUACAAGGACAGCCACAUCGCCUCCCACAUGCACACCAGGGAGCACUGCUCCAUCUUCGACGUCAGCCACAUGCUGCAGACCAAAGUGCACGGCAAAGACAGAAUCAAGUUUAUGGAGUCGAUGGUGGUUGCAGAUAUUGCAGAACUGCAGGACAACCAGGGUACAUUGACCCUCUUCACCAAUGAGAAGGGAGGGAUCAUAGACGACCUCAUCGUCACCAAGACGGACCAGAACUACCUCUAUGUUGUGUCUAACGCUGGCUGCGCUGACAAGGACUCUGCGCUCAUGAAGUCCAGACUGGCUGAGUUCAAAGCAGCAGGUGCUGAUGUGGAUCUGGAGUUCCUUGACCAGGCUCUGAUUGCCGUGCAAGGCCCCUCCAUGGCUCGGGUGUUGCAGUCGGGGAUGAAAGAGGACCUCAGUAAGCUGACCUUCAUGACCUCGGCCCUGGCCACGGUGUUUGGCGUUCCGGACUGCAGGGUGACGCGCUGCGGGUACACGGGGGAGGACGGCGUAGAGAUCUCAGUUCCUCUGUCUCGUGUGGUGGAGCUUACGGAGAAGCUCUUAGCCAACAGUGAAGUCAGGUUAGCGGGCCUGGGCGCCAGGGACAGUCUGAGGCUGGAGGCGGGGCUAUGUCUCUAUGGCAACGACAUUGACGACACGACCACCCCUGUGGAGGCCACCUUAGUCUGGACGAUAGGCAAGCGCCGUCGCCAGGCCCGGGACUUCCCCGGCGCCGACGUCAUCGUCCCCCAGAUCAAGGCCAAGACGGCGAGGAAGAGGGUGGGGCUGGUGUCCACCGGGCCGCCGGUCAGGCCGCACACCCCCAUUCUGGGGCCCGAUGGGAUGGUCAUAGGUGAGGUGACCAGUGGCUGCCCCUCCCCCUGCAUGAAGAAGAACGUCGCCAUGGGCUACGUGGAGGCGGCGUUCGCCAAGAACGGCACCGCGGUGCAGGUGGAGGUGAGGAAGAAGGCGGUGCCCGCUGUCAUCAGCAAGAUGCCCUUCGUCCCCACCAACUACUACUCUGGAAACUAAAGCAAACGCAUACAAACUCUUAUAUGUAUAAAUACAAACACACACACACA